AUGGCCCGUAGUGAUGAAGCGGAGUGGUGGUUCAAUGCCGUUUACGCAGCAGUCCAGCAAGUCCCUAGGGGACGUGUUACAAGCUACGGUCAUAUUGCUCGUUUGCUAGGAAGGUCCGAACGUCCUCGACAGGUCGGCGUCUGUCUAAAGCAUCUACCGUCUUCCUCAGCAAACACAAAUCAUCAUUUCCACGAUGCUAAUGUUCCAUGGCAACGAGUCAUCAACGCCAAAGGUAUCAUAUCACCAAGAGGUCCAGGCGGUGCUACGAGACAAGCGGCGUUCCUAGGGCGAGGUUCGUACAUUUCGGAGUACCUAAUUCCCUCCUUUUCGGUGCCGAAUGCUGAGUUGCAAGACAUAUUUCCGGAGCAGAAGACCCUUUCCACUCCCAAGACAUGUCUUGUGAGGCCUUUGAAAAGCAACGCUGACUCUGAAGUGUGCGCAGAAGGAGUCACUGUUGGAACUGGCGAUCUAGGAGAACUAACGGUAGAUCUGGGCGCAUAUGGGUGGUUUCCUCAGUUCCUAACGAGCGACGGGGCUGAGGCUAGUGAGUCAGAAGAAGAAGAGGGCAGUGGCUGA